AUGCGUCUCUCACUACUCUCUGUUCUUACAGCUGCUAUUCCCGCCGUGCUUGGUUGGGAGGUCACUCUCUAUGACCAGUAUGACUGUAACGACCAUGAAGGCAAUUUCAACUACAUGAUUGUCACCGGACAGGGUCCUUUGCCUUACUGUAUUGGCCCUGGUGACAUGCGAUUCCCUCCUGGCGUCAUUUGCAAAUUCUACGGCAACAGCGGCGUGGAUAGUGCAGUCGACUGCACUCGACAGAUCACUUCUUUCAAGUCCUGGAUUAUUCAACGUGGAGCAGCCAUGUUCUGGGAGCAAUACGAUGACCACGAGGCGCAGCCUGAUAACCUACGCUGCAACAAAAAGCUCACCAUGCACGAUGGCCCUGAAUAUGGGGUAGAGGGACGUUGUCGCAAUGCUUGGUUUCAUGCCGACGAUGAGAUUUGGUAUAAGGAAUUCAAGGGCCUUUCAGCUUGGGAUGCCGUCCACGAAGGCUAG